UUUCCGAUAAUAUAAAAAAUUAAACCAUUUUGGAUAUACAGAAACCAAACUAUUUACAAAUAAAGUAUGGCAAUUUUUUUUCAUGAGAAAAGUUUAAUAAAACAAAAAUUAUUUUGGUAGGUUAUAAAUGUAACCCAUUCGUAUUUUUUCCGUUUUAAAAGGAGUGAAAUAAAAAUUCUUAUCGAAAACAAUGAGAAAUUAUAAGUUUACGAGAAAAUGGUUUGAACUGCAUAUUCCAAGAUGGGAAAAAGUUUUAGGUGGCUUAAAAGGCAAAGUAAUAAACGUUUUAGAGAUUGGAGUUUUCGAAGGAAGAUCAACCGUAUGGAUUUUAGAUGAAUUAUUUCAAAAGCCUGAAUCAAAAUUAAUAACGAUUGAUACUUUUGAAAAUAUAUUUGUGAACAACGAUAAUGAAACAACCUUUCGUAGAAAUAUCAAAGAAUCAGGAAAGGAAUUGCAAGUUGAAAUUAUCAAAAAUAAUUCUUUUGAUGCUCUUACCAAGUUGAAUUACGAAAAGAGGAUGAAAUUCGAUUUCAUUUAUAUUGAUGGUUCUCAUAUUGCUUGUGAUGUAUUAUCUGACGCUGUUUUAUCAUGGAAUUUACUUAAAGAUGGUGGGAUUAUGAUUCUUGAUGAUUAUGAGUGGGAUUAUUUUGAAGAAGAAUUUAAUAAUCCAAGAAUAGCGAUUGAUUCUUUCUUGAAAAGUUAUCAACAACAUUUGGAGGUUAUCUUUAAGCGUUUCCAAGUAGGUGUUAAAAAAGUGGUUAAAGAAAAUCCUCGAACCGCUAGAGAUGAUAAAAGGAUUGAUUAAAUUUGAAAAUUAGUGAUUUAACUAAAGUCAUUGUGCAACAAAUAUCACUUAUUACUAUUAUUAUCUGUUAAAUUCAUAGGUAGCUGAUAAGAUUGAAAAAUUAUAAUAAAAGUCGGUCGUGUUGCUUUACCUUCUAAAUUUUUAGUUUUCGUUAAUAUGUUAUUAAUAAUAAGUGAUAUCUAAAUAAAAUGUUUAAAUGAGAAUAUUAUAGUGUGUGAUAAACGGAUUUAUUUUUACUAAUGAAAAAUUUUAAAUGCAGAUAAAUGUGACAUGGAUUAUUACUAUUUUUAUAAAUUAAUGCCCGAAUUGUCCUGUCAGUAGCGCACAAUCUAUUUAAGGUGUUUUUAUUUGUUACCUAAGCCAAUUUUCAUGAGAUAGAUAUUAAUCGGUAUUUUUUCGGUGUUAAUGCGGGAACGGUC